ACAUGAGGUUUGGCGUGACUAGGAAAGGAUACUCCGUCUCUCUGACGAACCUACUCUCAGUGAUUAAAAUUUUAGCGAAAUCCAAUUAUAAAUGUAUAGGAGGUAGCAGUCAAACUGGCGCAUCGCCUCCAGUUGCGAGGUGCAUUCAAGUUAAAAAGAAAAAGUAAAAAUUAACGUUUCUUUGAGUGGUACCCAAAAUAUCCGUUCUGUCUAGGUUUUAUGAACUAGACAACGCGACUUUUUGUAAACUAUCACAUAUUUGCGCAAAGACUUAUGAUGCAGGCAAACUGAAGCGUCAGCGAAUAUGAACUGGUGCACCGAAUAACGACGCUCUGUGGCGAGACACUGAACUCAACCCGACCUGCCAGUUUUUACAAUUUGCCAAGCCAGUUCAAGUGCCUAAGAAGAGCAAGGUUCAGCAAGGAGGGAUCUCUUUUUUACUGAGAGAAUCAUCAUGGCAGUAGAUGUCCCUGGACUCGUCUCUGUGAUCGUUUUUUAUGUUUGCAUCCUGGCAAUUGGAGUGUGGGGAUCUCGAAAAUCCAAGAAAGUGGAGAAGAAAUGCUCCAGCUCAAAGAGUGAAAUUGCCAUCAUUGGUGGCCGCAACAUCAACAUCCUGGUUGGAAUUUUUACCAUGACAGCAACAUGGGUCGGUGGUGGUUACAUUAUGGGAACUGCCGAGUCUGUUUAUUCUCCUACUCAAGGUCUUGUCUGGGCUCUGGGGCCCCCUGCAUAUGUCUUGUGUUUUUUUGUGGCUGGGCUGUUUUUUGCAAAACCUAUGAGGUCAAAGCGUUACGUGACAAUGCUGGACCCAUUUCAGAAUCGCUAUGGCAAAGCAUUCACUGUGACACUCCUGCUUCCUGCUUUGGUCAGUGACAUAUUAUGGGUGGCCUGUAUCCUUGCUGCUCUUGGUGGAACAAUGAGCAUAAUUCUUGGGCUGUCUUCUACCAUCUCCAUUAUCAUCUCAGCAGCUGUCUCCAUUGUCUACACAUUAUUGGGGGGUCUCUACUCGGUUGCAUACACUGAUAUCAUUCAGCUUUGUUUUAUUUUUUUCAGCUUGUGGCUUUGUGUUCCUUUUAUGGUUCUUAGUCCAGCAGUUACUGUCAUCUCACAAACACUUCCACUCAACCAAACAAAUGAACAUGCAUGGAUGGGACACCUGGACCUGGAAGUUGCAGGAAAGUGGGUUGAUGAGAUGCUUCUUAUGGCUUUAGGGGGACUGUCGUAUCAAGCGCUAUAUCAAAGAAUUCUUUCGGCAGCCUCCUCUGUUCAGGCUCAGAUAUCCUGCUUUGCUGCGGCUUUGACAGUUUUUAUUAUGGGAAUCCCCUCAGUUGUCAUCGGAGUGAUGGCUUCUGCUGCAGACUGGAACCAGACUGCUUACGGUCUUCCCCCUCCUUUUGAGCGUGGAGAAACAGGGAAGAUCCUGCCUCUCGCUCUGCAGCAUCUCACACCCACCUGGGUGGCAGUGCUAGGCACUGGUUCUGUAGCUGCAGCUGUUAUGUCCUCCAUGGACUCGGUGCUGCUGUCCUCUGCAUCCAUGUUUACACAAAACAUAUACAAGACGACUUUGAGGAAAACGGCCUCAGAGAGGGAGCUCCAGUGGGUGAUCCGUAUUAGUGUUCUGGUUGUGGGCCUGGCUGGAACAGGUCUGGCUUUUGGAGACGACAGUGUCUUCUCUCUCUGGGUUCUAAGUGGAGAUCUCCUCUACUGUGUGAUUUUCCCACAGCUGCUCUGUGUUCUCCACUUCCAGCAUGCAAAUACUUAUGGUGCUUUUUUUGGCUUCGUGGUGGGUUUGUUGCUGCGUGGACUGAGCGGGGAGCCCAUACUUGGGAUCCCUCCUGUUCUCCUGUACCCUGGUUGGAGGGAGGAGAAUAAUGUGAUCAGACAGUACUUUCCUUAUAGAACUGUUGCCAUGCUGUUUUCUGUGGUAAGUAUUCCAGCAGUCUCAUGUCUGCUGAAGCUAAUUUUUGAGCACCAACUUAUCCCACAGUCCUGGGAUUUUCUGCAGGUUUUUAAAAAGAAAAAUGAGGUAGAGGAGGAUGAAGCACCUGACCCUUGUGAGGAAAUGAACCAAGUUCACAAUACUAAAUUCUAAGCUAAACUUCAA